AUGGGGUCUGUGUCAGAUCAGGAUUCUGGUGGGGCCACUCCGCUUCAUCUCGCUGCACAGUUCGGGAGGUUGGAAGCUGUCCACUGGCUGCUGUCUCAUGGGAAUGAAGCAGAAGUGGAAACAAACUGCAGUGUUCUUCCAGCCCACUAUGCUGCAGCGAAGGGUUACCUCACCUGUUUGAAGCUACUGAUUGGUCAAGCUCCAGGGUGUGUUAAUAGUCAGACUAAUAUGGGGGCCACGCCGCUCUAUCUGGCCUGCCAGGAGGGACAUCUACAUGUUGUGGAGGAUCUGGUGAAAGACUGUGGAACUGACGUACAUCUAAGAACCCAAGAUGGCAAGACUCACAUGGACCACCAUGCACUGGUGGUAUGGCUGAUGUCCUCAACAGACGUCAGCCUGUCUUGUCAAGAUAAUGAAGGGGCGACUGCUUUACACUCUACUGCCAGUGGAGGGCAUCAUCACAUCUUGGAGAGGCUGUCACAGAUGGGAUCAAAAGUCAAGAAGGAUUACUGGGGUGGCACUCCUCUACAUGAUGCUGCAGAGAAUGGGGAGAUAGAGUGCUGUCGGAUCCUCCUGGGUCACCAGAUCAACCCAAAGGAAAGAGACAUAGAUGGGUUCACAGCUGCUGAUCUGCAGAAAAAAAAAAUUACAUUAUUCUUUCCAGUUGCCCAACCUCUGGAAGAAAACUGUCCAAUAGAGGAAGAGCUCCGAGAGAAACCAGCUGUGUCACGGCAACCCAGCUCUGAUUAUUACAGACAGAUCAUUAAUACUCAAAAAGACAUGGACAGUCUUAAGCAUCCUGAGACGGAAGAUUCCCCUCAAGCACGUUACCCCCCUUCAACUCGUUCACCUUCUCCUCACCCUUCCUCCACUACCCCCUCGCCUCCAUCUUCUAGCUUACAUGGGAAAACUGUCCAGAAUGUCCACAUGGCCACUACGGUGGUGAAGAACCUUAGUUUCAGUAUGCCUCCGAGUAAGCCAGUACCAGAGAAAGGGAAACUGUUUAUGGGAGAAAUGAAACUGGGAGAUGUAAGAAGUAUUGCCAGCAUUAAGAAAUCUGGAUUGGCCAUUUCAAAUAAAAUGGUGGUGUUACCAACAGAGGAGGCAAAUUUGUCUGAUAUUGAUUACCUGGUACCCAUGCACGAUGAGAAGGGCAGAUCUAUAGCAGAAUGGAAAAGACAAGUGAUGGUACGACAGCUACAGGCCAGCUUAUUUGACCAAGAAACCCAGAGGAUAAAGGAGAGUGGUGGUAGAUAUACAAAGAUGGACAGUUGGAGGUACUCCCAUGCUCACAAUGCCAUCCUGGGUCCGUUCGGAGAGCUUCUAACAGAGGAUGAUCUCAUUUAUUUAGAGAAGCAAAUUGAGAGUGUCUCUAUGCAAAAGAACUGCGAGGGCUAUGAAAUGGAGCUUGCUCGUCUGGCAGAAGAACUUCGAAACAUUCUCCCGGCACCCAUUGUCAACAUCACAGUCAAUACCCAGUACAAGAACUCUACACAGACUCCCUUACCUGUUUGGUGCAACCGUAUUUCAGGCAUUUUGAAGAGUAUGUCACUGCUUAUGACCAACCUAACAGACCAGCCCUACUGCAAAAUGCCAAACACAGAGCUUGUGAAUGUCUUCUCUCAGCCAUCAGAGAGGCAAUCCGUCAACAGAGGCAGGAGGGAGAAGAUAGAAAAUGAGAUUCAACAGUUUGGGGUCUCUGUGAGGAACUUAAAGUCAAACUUUGAGAAUCAGAAUGAUUCCUCACAACAGGAUUCAGGGAUGACUGAAUCACUGGGUGAACUAGAGCAAGAACCGCUAAAAAAUGGUUCGGAUGAUGUUUCCCAGAAACAAGAACAAAGACCAGAGGUUGACCAGACUGAUGAUUCAUCUAUCAACUAUGAAAGCACAACACUGCGCAAGGAACGUAUUGUGGUCUUGUUCCUGGGUCACUGGAAGAAGUCGGCUUAUACUGUAACCAUGAGAAACGCUCAUAGGAAGCAAAGCGUCGAUUCCCUGGAUAUAUCUAAGAAGCUGAAGUGUGAACGCAAAGCUAGCUUGGAUAUCUCUCCGAAGAACACCAUGGAAAAUGGCAAAUUCGGGCAUUUCUUCAAGCAGAGAAGUGCCAUCAAUAAGAUGAUUGGGAACUGGAGAAGCAUGAUCUCAUUUGUACCUUCGCGACAGAUCCGGAGACUCAACCGACAGCAGGCCAUUUUUUCACCUGAGCAGUUCCUGCCCCGUGUGGAUGGAUCUCCCAUUGACAAUGACGCGCUGACACUCGACCUCUUUAUGCUCGGCUACUUUCACAUCCUUGAGCUAGAUUUGCCAGCAGAUGAGAGGAAAAUGAGACACUUGCUGUGCUUUGAAGUCUUCGACCAUGUGGGACGUUUCACCUGGGAGACUGUGCGUGAUUUUCACAAGGCUGUAAUUCAGGACAUUGAGGCAGGAAACCGGGAAUGGAAGGAUGGAUUUGAAGACAUUAAAGUUAAGUUCUUUGGAGAUGGAACGGGCCAACCAGAGCUUGAACACUCAGAACAUACCACAACAGUAGAAACGAGGCCUGUGCCUAAAGUCAUUGUACAGACGCCCACCACAGAUGAAAGUGAUGUCCUGAAAAAGAAUUCUGAUAUUAGUAGUCUGACUAAUGAGGAGAUUUGCCAAUAUAUUGACCGUAGUUUUGCUUUCUGGAAAGAAAAGGAGGCUGAGAUAUUUGAUUUUGAGAAAUGACAAUA